AAUACACCCACACAACUUCUCACAGAACUUUGAUGUGCUGUCAUAAAAUACAUUGAAGUGUAGCUAUGCGAUUGGACUUUCCUAGAAAGCUUUGCUGAGAAUGCUACCACUACUAAGAGAGGAUCUAGACUCUUCCACACUGCAUUUGUACCUCAAGGAUUCCACAUUUGUUGAAUAUUUCAACUCAUUCCUCCUACUACCGGCAUUUUCCAGUCGUCUCUUCUUUGAUGAAGAAAGUGGUUUCUUUGAACCAGUCCACGGAAAGGGGACGAAGCUAUGUUGGGAGGAGACUGGUGAGGCCACACCCUCCUCCAGUCAGGCCACCCUCUACCUAACAGAUGAGAAUAUGGGGCCGGCCCUUGAUCGUCACCAGAGCUGGUCGUGGAUUAUUGAGCAUCGAUUGCCCCUGUUCUUAAAGAGUGAUAUUUUAUCCGAGUACAAACUAUGCAAGCUGCUUAGUCAGAGAGGACCUAAAUCCCCACCCACCAGGAGCCAUAGCAGCAUCAGGCUUCAAACAUCUCCAUCAAGAAAGCACUGCUCAGAUGAGAAACAGAGCGACACUUCCCUUCCAUCUAUAAUUCAAACAUCCACCAGUAGUUUACUUAUCAAAGCUGCUUCUACAACAGCAUUAAAAUCCUCUCCCAUAACUAGAGGUGUGUCUACAUCAUUCUCCGACAUUGAGCUCACUCCUAAGAGACACACUGGGGCUAUAUUGGCAAGAAAGAGGAGUCAAUCCAUGGAUUUAUCAUCUCUACCUAUGGUCCAUGAUCAGAGCACUAGGUUGUCUAGCGAUGAAGCAAAACUGAUUGGAAGCAAAUCUGGAAUGAAAAUGUUUUGGAAGUUCUUGCGAGGAAAAGCUGGAGAGAAGAACUGGUUGUUUUGGCUCGAUGCAGAGAGAGUGGGAUACCACACCAAUCCCACGUAUCAGCAAAGGUUGCUUCGGGAGUUGCGUGAACGUUACCUUCACCCCAGUGGUCCACUAGCUCUUCCAGCUGAGGUCAGGAAUAAGGCGGGGGUGAACAAGACCUCCAGACUCACUCUCUCACACCUGAAAGAGCUGCAACACACUCUAGUGCAGCGACUCAGGGAUUAUUGGUGCCCUCGAUUUCUCACCCAUCACCACGCAGAGACUGUCAAUGCCACUCUGUCAUCUCAGCCACGCCCAUUUUCCUGUGCUCCUGUUGGCAUACAAGAUGGACAGCUCACAAACUACCCGAGGGUGUCCACUCCUCUCACACCCACGGGAACACAGACAUUUCGUAAACUGACAAGCGGACGCACUACUAGAUCCUUCUCAUCUCCUACCAGUUAUAGGCAGGCUCAGGAAGAUAGAGGGAGCAAGUUAAUGGAGCGAUUCAAAGCAGAUAUUGCUGGCUUAUCGGCAGGAGAAAGUGAGGUGAGGUCAGCGGGCUCUAGGAGUUGCUCUCGAAGGGUGUGGGAGAAAGAUGACAUGGUGAAAGUCGCGAGAGGUGAAACACCUCAUCAAGGAGGGAAGAAAUCUCACUUUGAUCGAGCAGCCAAAUACACACUACAUCAUGUGCCAGAUCCCAACAGUAGAUGUGCUUCAACAAUGGACAAUCAAUUCAACAAUGGUGCGAUGUGUGAGGCUCAGUGUACAAUCCUGAGUGUAUCCGGUACCCCCCUCCACACUGCCACGCCCACACACCCUCACACCCUCACAACAGAGGAGCAACAUGCCUCACUAGAUCUGUACAGUCCCCUCAUCAGCUGCCUCAACACUGAGCACAGGAAAGCAGGAGGCUACUUCCAGAAACACCUCGAGAACAACCAGGAGAAAGUGUUUCUCUAUUGCCUGGUGUUCUGGAGAGAAGUACAAGAGUACAAGGCUCUCUUUAUUGGAGCCUCUUUCAGCCCCUGUACAGUGGAAAUGAAAGCCAAGACCCUUUAUGGCCGGUUUAUAUCCCAAGGCAGUGAGGAGAACAUAGAGUGCCCUCAGUCUAUUGUAGGGGCAGUGUCAGCCAACCUGUGGCCUGCCUAUGAGGACCUGUUUGACUCUGCUGAGGAGCAUGCCCUCGGACUGCUACUGCUCCAGUGGGUGGAGAUGGUCACCUCCGAGGAACAGACCUUUCAGAAGUUGGAUAGUGCACCUGUGAGGAGGGUGUCUGGUCGAGGGAGCAGAAGAGCAUCACAUACACCACUGGAAGAGCUCGAGGAAGAGCCAUUCUCGGAUGAGUUUGAUGAUGGUGGUGAUGGUGACAGGUUCUUCCUUCGGCCCUCAUCCUCACGGAAGAUCUCCCGUUAUCACUCAGGCAGUCGUCGGUCUAGUCGAGUCCCAUCUGCCAGGUCCUCCGUGGGGCAGCCUCAGGACAGAGCCAUCUCUCUCAAUGACAUCAUGAAGAACAGGAUAGAGCUAGACCAUUUCAAGAUAUAUCUGAACGAGCACUGUGCUGCCCAGGACUUGAUGUGCUGGAUGGAGAUUGAAGCAUUCAGAGGCAUACCAAUCAAUGAUAAGACCAUACGCAAUAUGAAGGCCAAGCAGCUCAAGACUCGCUACUUUAACAAGGGCUACCUGUUUGGACCCAACAGUCCUGCGACUAAGGAGGCACAGAGACAGAUAGUAUCGGCUGGUGGGGAUGCAUACACUGGUCGUCUUCCUGCCCGCCCCCGCACCCCUGUGCUCAUUGAGGCACAGAAACACGUGCGGGCAAGACUAGAGAGAAAAUGGCUGGCAGAGUUUAUGAAAACACUAGACUUCCUGAGUAGGAACAAGGGAGGUGUUGCCCGCAGUGUCAAUGGCCGGAGGAUAUCUAAAUCCAGCGGCAAAGAUAUGACAUCAUCUUAUUAUGAGACCUCCUUUGCUAAUUCUCAUGAAGCCAUCAUGUUUCGUAAGAUACUCCACGACACGAACCAGGUGGCCCUGUUCCUACGCUAUCUGGACAUACGGACAAUUGGCACCACAUCAGGAAGGAGCUCACUUGCUAGGCAAGACGUCAAGUUCUGGUUAGAGGUGCAAAAGUUCAAGGAGAUGUUCCACGCUCACACAAUGGAAAGUAUGCUCAUCAGCAAGUACGACGCCAUCAUGGCUUGUUUCCUGCAGUCCUCUGCACCUCCCAAACUGCAAGUGGAUGUACCACUGUCCGUGGCUGAAGAGUUAGCCAGGAAACCACAUGGACCAUACCUUUUCAGAGAAGCACAGGCUGCAGUGUUCAAACACCUGUACAGUGGCUGGUUGGACUACAAAAACUAUACCAGCAGUUACAGUGCUGAUGAGAUGGUGGUGUGUUUGGAUCAUCUUGAGUCACAACUGCUCAACGAUAAAAAGACAGAAAAGGACCGUCGCACGAAUGAGUUGAUGGAGGAGGAAAGAAAGAAGCUGUCAAUGCCACGAUUUGAGAGUAUAGCCGAGAAAAUGGAGCGAAUGAGAAUAGAGAACGAACGGUCGGAGACUGGAGAUGUGCAGGUGGCAUUCAGACUGUCCAUUCCAGAUCACAACUACACCUAUUACACAACACUGCCGGAAGAGUUUGUUGAAAGACAAGACCACCCUUCAUCUAGCAGCAAACCACUCCACCAGACAAAACAAAAACAUAACAAAAACACCGACUCAAAAGGGAAUCUGAACUCAGAGGCUGACCCUUUACCAAUGGUAGUUGUCAAAGUCAAGCAGAAAGAAGUGAAAAAACAUAACCAAACACCUGCUGAAGACAAAGUUGAGAUGGAUUUUGAAGAUACUCCCGAACUUUAUAACAAGCUGCCUCUAAAUCCUAACAAGCAACUACCACUUCAGAAGCAGACUCCUUCAAUGUUCUUUUAUUCCAAGCCUGGUGUUUCAAAUUCAUCAAUGUCUUUGAAACGGUUUCCUGUCAACCCAAGAUCGAACAAGAGUGGCAGGCCUAGAUCUAGUAGGCGUAUGAAUAAGCUUGCCACCAUCAGUAUGAGGAGGUCUGGUGAAAGAGGAGGAUCUGCGUACUCCUAUGGAGCUGGACUAGUAGAACAAUCAACAAUAACUGUAAUGAAUUUAGAAACACUAUAAGUUUUGCAUUUUAAUUUUGACACGUACUGCAAUGAAUUGAAUAACAGA